AUGUUCAAUCUUCCCCCCGACAAGUCGAGGGCUUCUGACUUCAACACAGACUCUUACGGAUUCAACAACCAGGCAUGGUCGGCGUUCGAUUUUGGCCAAGGAGCGCCCUCGUCGUCGAGCCUCGCACCAGAGCACAACCAUGAUACUCGCCAGUCGUUCAGCGAUGCUGGGGGAAUGGAAUGGGCCCCUACAUCGUCCAAUGUGCAACCAAAUUAUACCAAUGGCCACCACGAACACCAAGACCACCAAGGUGACACAGCAAUGGAGCUCGAGGCCCUAAGUUCGCCUCAGACUGGCGGAGGGGUUGGCCGUUUAGUCGCCCAUUUCGAGAAUAAGGGUUUCAAUCCAUUUGAAAACAAGUCCUUCGAGCCACCUCCUCCUCUUCCACCGCGGCCUGUCAAUACCACUGUCAACAACAAUCAAAGUCACCACCAGGCUCAUCAGCAGGUGGAGCAAAAUCCGUCAAUCAGCAUGAAUAGUUUCCAGGCGAGCCUCAGUUUCGAUCCUCUGUCGUAUUGCGGAAAUGGUAUCAGCAGCACCGCCUCCUCAGUAUUCAACCCCAACAGAAUCACAAACCCGGUCACUGGCACCGGCCAAAGCUGGGGGGAAUUUGCCUCAUUACAACGAGUGACAAGCCCGAUAGUGGCCAGCCCGCCCGCCAUGUCGUACAGCAACUUCCAAGACAAUAGAGUAGGUUCAUCAUCAGCACAUUUUGGAAACCUCGACGAUUUCAUGUCAGACAACCGCAUACAUAGUUCGAUGGCGCAUUCCCCCAUACCUGACUCGCAUCUGGCAUCAUCCCCAUUGGUGGCCUCGCCGAUGACGCAGUCUCUCUCUCAUUCGAACGCAGCUCCUGUUGGCGGCACACCAGGGUUUGAGAUCUGGCGUCCCCCUGGCACCACUGCUAACACCACUACCAAAAUGAAUCAAUCUCAACCUAACAACUUCACGACUCCUCUGUCUACCACAAAUAGCUUCAUAAACCCGAGCGGCUCUCACAGCACAGCGACUAGCACGACCAACCGAAACAGUAUUGGCGGCAGAAACUCGACUAAUAGCGCCGGGUUUCUUAAGCCUCCUGUGCCGACAACCCCCAAACCUAACAUUGGCGUUGGUAACCAGUUCAUUUUGGAACUGAUUCCCAGUGCAAAGGCCAAGGGAAAGGCACCAGCAAAACCACCACGGCCACGCGUGCCUCCGCCAGCACCAAUUUCUUUUACAGCAGAUAUUAAACAAGAACCAAUGACGCCUUCGCCGUCUCAGAUCCCCCCUGCAUCUUCAACACCAACUUCUCUAACCCCAUCCACAACACUGUCGGAUCAUAAGCCUGGAUCAAUUUCUCUUCGAGGCCAAGCUGGAACUCGACCGUCACGGGAACAGGUUCCUGCUGAGGCUUGGGAGCAAUUUAAAGGGACAAUCCGGUCGUUGUAUCUGGAGGAGAGGAAACCACUGAAGGAAGUGAUGGCCAUCAUGGCAGAGAAAUAUAACUUCCAAGCAACACCUAAAAUGUACAAGACCAGAUUCUCUCAGUGGGGUUUUGUGAAAAACAAUACUGAGGAAGAAGUAAAGAAACUGCUAUCGAUGAAAUUCCAGCGCGAUGCAGAGGGCAAAGUGUCUGAAUUUGUUCGCAAUGGUCGAGUCGUGAAUCUGGGGACGUAUCUGAAGAGAAAGGGCGUGACUGAGUACGACUUGGUCGAUUUUGAGUUGUCUGCUGACUUGCCAGCUCAUGUCCGAUGCCGAACACCGACGCCGCCUCCAGCACCUGGAUAUCUCCGAUCUCCCGACCUGCUUCGCGCGCAGGAGCUUGUUGUGGGCAACAUGCGGAAAGCAUUUUUACAUUGCCGCCAGUUCGAAGUCGAGACCGAUGCUCGCAUCGGUUGGCCAAUUACCAUGGUAUGGGGUGCCGGAUCUAGCGACUUACUAUUGGAAGCCAACUUUUAUUUCGAAGCACGGGAUGCCGACCAAGGCGGCGACUUUUUGAUGAAGGCCUUCAAGCAACUUGAACUUGACCUGAAGAAGCUCUCGCCAUUAGGUAUCAACGAACUGUUACUCGGCAUGGUGCAUCGUGAUCCUGGCAUGAUGACCGCUCUUUGCAAAUAUUUGGCUGCGUAUUCCUCAACUAACUUUGAGCGAUCACACCCGCUGCGUCAAAUAUUUGCUUGUUUGUAUGAAGUCCAGCAAAAACAUGGAUCAGCAACAGUGUCAGAACUAUUAUGGGGAAGCAUGCCGACAAUUGCGGAGGAAUUAGAAGCGAUAUACAGCCGUCGUCACCCGUACGUCACCAGGACAUGGAUAGAUCUUGCUCUGUUUCACAAUCAUGUAAAUGCCGAUCGUCUCGAUAAGCUGGCCUCCGAACUUCGGCUUCAACAGCGGCAAGUAGAGCAACGGUACGGCACGAACAGCACCGACGCGUUAACCCUGCGGUACUCUAUUUUGCAAUUGCUGUAUGUGGUCAAUUCCCAGUCUGAUUUGACCAGACACGCAGCACACGAUUUGUGGAACCAUCUUAAGAGCAUGUGUGUGGUGUUCGGGCUUCGAGAUGCUAAACCCAACGUCUUCUGUUAUCACAGCCCUGUGAAGGUUGAUCCGUGGACCAAGAGAUGUCGCCGACGAUAUGACUCGGGCGUGGCCAUUUUAGAAGAGCACGUCGGUGUCAGGGUCCAGCCAUACUUUGAGGAAGACUUCCAUCAUGCCGUCCAUGUUCCUGACGCUCAGGAGGCAUGGUCUUCUGCUCUGGGUCACAUGAGCUCGGGGAAGUAUUCGUUCAUCUGA